CUCUCCCCGGUCGGCUCCGGGGCCUACGGCUCCGUCUGUUCUGCCUUUGACACAAAAACUGGGUUGCGUGUGGCUGUAAAGAAGCUGUCCCGACCAUUUCAGUCCAUCAUCCAUGCCAAGAGGACCUACCGAGAGCUACGGCUACUUAAGCACAUGAAACACGAAAAUGUGAUCGGUUUGUUGGAUGUGUUCACCCCUGCCAAGUCACUAGAAGAAUUCAAUGAUGUGUACUUGGUGACACACCUUAUGGGAGCAGAUCUGAACAACAUUGUGAAAUGCCAGAAACUCACCGAUGACCAUGUGCAGUUCCUCAUAUACCAGAUUCUUCGGGGACUGAAGUACAUCCAUUCAGCUGACAUAAUACACAGGGAUUUAAAACCUAGCAACCUAGCUGUAAAUGAAGACUGUGAGCUAAAGAUCCUGGAUUUUGGCUUGGCCCGACACACGGAUGAUGAGAUGACCGGGUAUGUGGCUACCCGGUGGUACAGGGCUCCUGAGAUCAUGCUGAACUGGAUGCAUUACAACCAGACAGUUGAUAUUUGGUCAGUGGGGUGCAUUAUGGCUGAACUGUUGACUGGAAGAACGUUGUUCCCCGGUACAGACCAUAUUAACCAGCUUCAGCAGAUCAUGCGUCUGACGGGAACACCCCCUGCAUAUCUCAUUAACAGGAUGCCCAGCCACGAGGCGAGAAACUACAUUCAGUCUUUGUCUUACAUGCCGAAAAUGAACUUUGAAAAUGUGUUUAUUGGUGCCAAUCCACUAGCUGUGGACUUGCUAGAGAAGAUGUUGGUACUGGAUACAGACAAACGAAUCACUGCAGCAGAAGCAUUGGCUCAUGCCUACUUUGCUCAGUAUCACGACCCGGACGAUGAACCAGUGGCAGACCCCUACGACCAGUCUUUUGAAAGUAGAGAACUUGAGAUUGAAGAAUGGAAAAGCCUGACUUAUGAUGAAGUAAUCAGCUUUGUGCCACCACCGCUUGACCAAGAGGAGAUGGAGUCCUGAGAAACUGAUCUCUUCUGUUUGUCCCACUUCACUGUGAGGGGAAGGCCUUUUCAUAGGGACUCUCCAAUCAUUGCUCAAGUGCCUCGUCACAACAAUAUUCUCCUUGGUGGAGGGGGUUUGUGUGUGUGGAAUUGGGGAGGGUGGGGGGGAGGGAAGAAAGUUGAGUCUAUGUAAACAUGCUGCAUGCUCUCUUGUAUUCUGUGUACAGCCUGGGGCGAGCCUCGAGACCUGUCCUGACUGCUCUUUAGUCCUUCCAGAGUAACAGUGCUCAGCCAGUUUGCCCUGCUGGGGCAAGGUGGGGAAGCUGACAUUUAAAGUUUGGUUACAAUCGUUGCCAUUUAUCAAUUCUUCUACAGUUAAGUAACCUCAAAAUAAUGGAAGCUGGUCUACAGGCUUAGAGAGUCCUCUGUUUUCUUCAGGACUGAAGGUGGGGUUGAGGGAUGUUUGAUUUACGUCCAGAUCUUCCUGGUGCAGCAGAACGUAGAGGCCUUCUACUGUCUGAUUCUUGGAACAUGAAAAGGUUUUGUCUGAAACUGUAAAUAAGUUUGUGCCUUAAAUGGAAUGGGGAGAAAGAGGAAAGGAAGUCUGGAGUGGGAAUCUCUGACCCACAGUUUUUCAGGGUGAAGGCUCCCAGAUAGCCAGGCACGAACUUGAUGUAAUCAAGCAACAACUUUCCAAGGCAACGGCCUCUACGCCUGGAUUGAGUAUUCCUGUAUUUUUCCCUCUUCCUCUCCUCUUGUUCUGAGGUUUCCCAGCAUUAGCUCGCAGGAGACAGAGGCGGGAGAGGAUCCUUGCUAGCCACGCGUUUCUGUAUUUUGUUCCUCAAAAGGUGGGGUGUUUUUGCAUGUCGUAGCUGUAUGUGCACGUAGAGCUGCUUGAUUUUUGUCGUUACUCUUUCGGGGGUGGCACUGGGGCAGUUAAAUCAUCAGUGAACUGUUUCACUGAGUACCUCAGCCAGUGCCAUGAAGUCACAGCAUCCUUCCUCUUACGCUGCAGCUCGUUGUGAAAUCCCUGCCGUUCUGGAGGCUUUGAUGAGGAAAGGCUAAAACACUCGGCACAGAAACAUGCACCUUUUUCUUUGUGUUCUGACCUUCUGGUUUCGGAGAAGGAGAGCUUGGGACGGAGGGUUUCUUGUGAGAUCAAAUGUAAAAAAUGUUCUUCAAAGAAACAACUAUGGCAUCUUGUGCCAGAACUUAAGUUAUUUCCUGAAAAGAAUUUUUUUAGAAGUAUUGGAAUCCAAAGCAAAGAAGUAAGCGUGCAUAAAACCACCAUCUCCCUUUCACUGUCUAUAUCUAUAAAUAUAAAUAUUUAUAUAUAUAAAACUAACAUUUACUAGAGGUUUUUUUUUACCCUCUCAGAUAAGAGCUUCUUGGCUGUUUUUUAGCAGGUUGAUCUCUGCCUGAGGAAACACGAAAGGGGAGUAUGUUUGAAUACAAACAUGGUUCAGAUAUUUU